GCGACCAGGGCCGGUGGUGGCGCAUGCGCAACUCACCGGUAUAUAAGUAAGGGUGACGGUUGCUCGGAGACCUCAGGAGUGCAUCAUGACACGCCAAGUGAUUACGUCCCUGUUCGCCCUCCUCGUGGCGGGGCUGGCUGCCGCCCAGGAGUUUGUGCUGCCCGAGAUGACCCCUGAGGACUACUGUGAGGGACGCAGUUCACAGGAAUUCUUCAGGCAGAUCUUGGGAGAAGACGUUUUCGAAAAUGAGGCCCGCCAGUUCUGUGGAAUUUAUUACCGUUGCAUCCCUGCUGGAGGAGGCAAGAAGGCCAUCAGCAAGAACAACUGCCCCGCCAGCUUGUUCUUCGAUAUUGAAGAGCAGAUUUGCAAGGGACGGAACAAGGUGUUCAACUGCGCCCAGUUCGAGAAGAGCCGCCUGCCCGAGCCCCGAUGGCCCUUGCCCGAAGGCGAGGUGUCCAACUGCCCCGGCACAGACAUCGAGUGCGGGUCGGGAGAGUGUCUGAGAAAGGAGCUGUUCUGCGACGGCGUUGCCGACUGCAACGACGGGUCGGACGAAAACAUCUGCACACCUGAGAGGGACCCCAACCGCGCCGACGUGUGCGACACCCGCACCUGCCGCUGGAACCAGGGCUGCUUCUGCUCCGUGGACGGCACCCGUAUCCCCGGCGACCUGAACCCUGUGCAGACCCCUCAGAUGAUCACCAUCACCUUCACCGGCGCCGUUAACGAACGCAACUUCCGUAUCUUCCAAGACAUCUUCAAGGAUACCACCAAGAACAAGGGCAAUGACUGCACUGCCAAGGGUACCUUCUUUGUGUCCCACGCCUUCACCAACUACUCCGCCAUCCAGGAGCUCCACCGCAGAGGCCACGAGGUCGCCGUCAACUCCAUCACCAACAACCCCAAUGCCACCUACUGGACCAACCUCAACUCCCAGGACUACGAGCAGGAGAUGGACGGCGCCCGUAUCAUCAUCGAGCGCUUCGCCAACGUCACCGCUGGAGAGAUCCUGGGCAUGCGCGUUCCCCUUGGCCGAGUUGGCGGCAACCCUCAGUUCCAGAUGAUGGUGGAAUGGGGCUUCCUCUAUGACUCUUCCAUCGCCGCUCCCAAGGGCCGUCUGCCCCUGUGGCCAUAUACCCUCAUGCACCGUAUGCCGCACAAGUGCCUCGGAACUGACCAGAACUGUCCUUCCCGCAACUUCACUGUCUGGGAGAUGGUGAUGAACGAGCUCGAUCGUCGUGACGACCCACAGUUCGACGAGGAGUUGACCGGUUGUCACUACGUCGACCAGUGCGCCAACAUUAUCUCAGCCAAGCAGUUCCGCGCUUUCUUGGACAACAACCUGGCCCACCACUACAACACCAACCGCGCCCCUCUGGGUCUCCACUUCACCUCGGCCUUCUUCGAGACUCGCAAGGACUUCCUCAAGGAGUUCGCCAACUGGGUGGACGAGACCGCCAAGAAGGGCGACUACUACUUCGUGACGAUGCAGCAGGCCAUCAACUGGAUGGAAGCUCCCACUGAGAUCGCCGCCAUCAACAACUUCCAGGAAUGGAAAGGAAAGUGCGACGUCAAGGGUCUUCCCUACUGCUCCCUGCCAAACCCCUGCCCCAACAAAGUGCCUCGCUACUUCCCCAACGAGGACCAGAUGUUCCUAUUCACCUGCGAAGAGUGCCCCAAAACAUACCCAUGGCUCGGAGAUCCCUACGGCACUGGCUUCGACGAUUACUUCUAAGCAAAACGCACUCAUUAAAACUUUCAUCUUUCAACCUUCUACAAAGUUAAGCCUAAAAAAAUUAUCUACCAACUAUAUCUUGACUUGUUCCUAUUUGGAUAUGAGCUGAAUGUCCCUCAUAUCACGUUCCAACCUUCUUAUGUGCCUUAGCAUCCGACUCACGGGGAACCUCAAGGGACUCGGGAACAGCUAAGAAGCUUCACCACAGGUUUAACCUUACUUAGUUCGGACAAUCAAUGCAAAAUGAAGCUUUUUUUCUACGCCUUUCUCUCUCUAGAACAUAUCAGUCAUUUAGAUUAACCAAGAAGGACAUCUGGGAGAGAAGAGAUAUAUAUAUAUUUUUAGUCGAAGGUCUCAGCGAUUCCUUCCCCUGGUGCUGCGGCGCGUUCUGUACCGAUUGUUGUACACAUGACUAUCACUGUUGUAUUAUAGUGUACAGUUAUUUUCUUUGUUAUUCGUUUAAACUAUUUCCAAUUAAAUAUACACAUGUACAAACAA